ACUUAUAUAUGCCCGAUUUGGCGACUCUGUUCUUCAACGACAGAGUGAACAAAAAACAGAGGAAAGCAAUUCCUAAUCCUCUGUAUAAAAUUUCUUCCUCUGUGGCCCUAAUCAAUUAGCGAGAGAGAUGGCGGGAAGAUAUUUGGUGGACGGCGUUCUGCCAUUUCCGGCGAUGGUAACGAUGGAGUGCAUCAACGUCGGUUUAAACACUCUUUUCAAAGCCGCCACCGCCGCCGGCAUGAGCCGCCACGUCUUCAUCGUCUAUUCUUACUCCGUCGCCGCCCUCCUCCUCCUCCCUUCUCCCUUCAUCUCUCGCAGAUCAACACGACUUCCACCGCUCAAUUUCUCCAUACUCUCCAAAAUCGCUCUUCUCGGAAUCAUCGGGUCUUCUUCACAGAUAAUGGGAUACACGGGUAUCAAUUACAGUUCUCCGACUCUUGCUUCCGCCAUCAGCAACCUUGUUCCUGCUUUCACUUUCAUCCUCGCCAUCAUUUUCAGGAUGGAGAAAGUGGUAUUGAAAAGCAGUAGCAGUCAAGCAAAAGUGAUGGGCACCAUAAUAUCAAUAUCAGGUGCAUUUGUAGUCACUCUUUACAAGGGUCCAAGCAUCAUAUUCUCUUCAACAACCACAACCACAACAUCUCUUUCACUUAACUCCUCACCCUCAGAUUCUAAUUGGGUCCUUGGCAGCCUUCUCUUGACUGCUGAAUAUAUCUUGGUUCCACUCUGGUACAUUGUUCAGACAAAAAUCAUGAAGGAAUAUCCAGAGGAGGCCACAGUGAUCUUCUUCUACAACUUAACUGUGGCCAUCAUUGCUGCACUUGUAGGUGUGAUUUUAGAGAAGGAUUCAAGUGCUUGGCUUUUGAGGCAAAAUACAGCAUUGGCCUCUGUUUUGUGCUCUGGAGUUUUUGGGUCAUGCAUAAAUAAUACAGUUCAUACAUGGGCACUCCGCUUGAAAGGGCCGGUGUUCGUAGCGAUGUUUAAGCCGUUGUCGAUUGUUGUUGCUAUUGUAAUGGGCGUUCUGUUUCUUGGUGAUUCUCUCUAUCUUGGAAGUCUUAUUGGAGCAUCCAUUAUUUCCAUAGGGUUUUAUACUGUGAUGUGGGGAAAAGCAAAAGAAGAGGAGAUGGGUGAUGAAGAAGGCCAUACCCAUAAUCUCACUGCUAACAUGGAAUCACAUGAAGACCAGAAAGUACCUCUUCUUGGUACCUAUAAGACACAGAGAUACAGUUCAGAUCAUGUGUGAAAAGGCCAAGAAAAUUUAUCAUACAACUUUAAUUUUAUUUACCUUCAAGCUAUGGCUAUGGCCAAGCAUGUGGGAGGAAAUUGUACAAUAUGUUUGUGGUUAGAGUAUGUCAUAGGGCUGUAAAACUUUUCAACACUUUUGACCAUGUAUCAAUGAAAUGUGAGUUUAUGUAUAUAUACAUUACAAUUUCAAA